CCAAAAUCAAUUUUAUAUAUAGAUAGAUGUAUAUGCACCACAAUUAAGAUUCAGUGUUCAUUGUUUUCUCUAGGUUGGAUAUGGCUAGGGUUCCGAUUCCGGCGAGGUUUGAGAGAGUGGCUGCGGCCUUUGACGCUGACGUGGCGGCGCGCAUGGGGCUCUGCGAGAGCAGCGGGAGCGAGCACUCUCUGGUGAGUUCCAUUGAUUUGUCUGAUAUGGUGAAGUCCUUCUUGGAGAGGAAUGGUGAAGAGAAGGAUCAUGGCGAAAUGGGUGAUGAAGAAGAGAAGGUUCAAACAUCAUCGCAGCUCUCCUAUUGUGAGAAAAGGGAUAUGUUGCAAGCUCUUCUUGCUUGUGGCGAUUAUGAAAGGGACAUGAUUAGAAGAGAGGCUGAGAUUGCUUGUGCAGUUGUUGGGGUCACUUCUUCCACGGAUUUCAAACGCAAAUUGAUGUCUCGCUUGAGGAAAAAUGGUUUGGAUGCUGGGCUUUGCAAAUCCCGGUGGGAGAAAACUGGAAGAUUAAAAUCUGGUGACUAUGAGUACAUUGAUGUCAAUUUCUCAGGAGAGCGAUACAUAGUUGAAGUCUUCCUUGCAUCUGAGUUCGAAAUUGCCCGCCCAACCAUUCAAUAUUCGUCCUUGCUACAAGUUUUCCCACAAAUAUUUGUUGGAACAGUGGAAGAACUGAAGCAAGUUGUGAAGCUUAUGUGCAGUGCCAUAAAGGGAUCCAUGAAAACAAGGGACCUGCAUAUUCCUCCAUGGAGAAGAAAUGUGUACAUGCAAGCCAAGUGGUUCAGCUCUUACAAGAGAACAACAAAUGUUGUUUCAACUAGAAAUGCAUCAUCAACUUUGUCUUCAGGGUCUCUUGUAACUCCUUUAAGACCCAUUAGAUUUGAAGCAAGGCCCGUGAAAGCACAAAAUUGUAAGGUAGAUUAUUAUGUCAAUAAAACUGGAUUCAGAAUCAGCCAUUUGACAGCUGCACUUAAUUCCGAUGCCCUUGGGAUGUAAUCAUAAAUAAAUCAGCUUCUAUGAAUUUUUGUCAUGUACUUAUUUUAGUUAACCAGAGUUGAUAUCCAUUGUUUUUCUAAAAAAAAAUACUUUAGGCCAGGGCAUAAAAAGUGCACAACAAACUUCUUAU